AUAUAUAUACCUCUCAGUGCCUGAGGACAGCCACUGUCCCUGUACUGUCACACUCAGAGCAGGCAUCAUGUCAGGAGCUGCAACCAAACUAGCCAAAGACAGGGCUACAGCCGAUGGAAUCGGUACACCAAAGAACCCGGUGAAAUACCUAAACCAGGACUUUGAGCAGCUACAAGCCCAGUGCCUGGCAUCCAACACUCUUUUCAAAGAUGAUCAGUUUCCUGCAUGCCCCUCCGCCUUGGGGUAUAAAGAGCUAGGCCCAUUCUCCGCGAAAACACAAGGGAUUGUGUGGAAAAGGCCGACGGAGAUUUGUGACAACCCUCAAUUCAUUGUGGAUGGAGCCACCCGGGCGGACAUCUGUCAAGGUGCCCUAGGUGACUGCUGGCUCCUGGCUGCCAUCGCCUCCCUCACCUUGGAUCAGGACAUUUUAGCCCGCGUUGUUCCAGAGAAUCAGAGCUUUCAGAAGAACUAUGCCGGAAUCUUCCGCUAUCAGUUCUGGCAAUAUGGUGAGUGGGUGGAAGUGGUGGUGGAUGAUCGUCUCCCAACGAAGGAUGGACACUUGGUAUUUGUACACUCAGCAGAGGGGAAUGAAUUCUGGGGAUCACUGCUGGAAAAGGCCUACGCCAAGCUAAAUGGAUCAUAUGAAGCCCUGACAGGUGGGAGCACAAUUGAAGGCUUUGAGGAUUUCACAGGGGGGAUAUCGGAGGUGUAUGAUCUGAAGAAAGCGCCGGCUGAUCUCUACGAAAUUAUCCAGAAGGCUCUAAAAGCAGAUUCACUGCUCGGGUGCUCUAUCGAUAUUACAAAUGCUUAUGAUACAGAAGCCAUCACAAGCCGGAAGCUGGUGAAGGGACACGCAUAUUCUGUGACCGGAGCAGAAGAGGUUGUCUACAAGGGUCAGAAUGUCCAGCUGGUCCGGGUGAGGAAUCCCUGGGGCGAGGUGGAAUGGAACGGCCCCUGGAGUGACGAAGCCCCAGAAUGGAAUUUUAUUGAUCCCAAAGUGAGGGCAGCUCUGGACAAGCAGUCAGAUGAUGGGGAAUUCUGGAUGGCAUUUUCCGAUUUUAUUAGAGAAUAUUCUCGCGUGGAGAUCUGUAACCUGAGUCCUGACACUCUGACCAGUAAUGAGCAGCACAAGUGGAAUACCACUCUGUUUAAUGGGACCUGGGCUCGAGGGUCAACAGCAGGAGGGUGCCAGAAUUACCCAGCAACAUUCUGGACGAACCCCCAGUUUCGGAUAAAACUGGAAGAGCCAGAUCAUGAUCAUGAUGGAUCCUCCAAAGAACCUUGCUGUACCUUUAUUGUGGGCCUCAUGCAGAAGAACAGGAGGCGACAGAGAAAAAUGGGCGAGGAUUUGUUGAGUAUCGGCUUUACGUUGUACAAGGUUCCUAAAGAGUCUCAGGACCAAACAGACGUCCACUUCAGCAAGGAUUUUUUCCAGAGGAAUGCCUCCGCUGCUCGAUCUGACACUUACAUCAACAUGCGGGAAGUCUCUAAGCGCAUGAAGUUACCCGUGGGGGAUUAUCUCAUUGUACCCUCCACUUUUGAACCUUUUAAAACUGGAGACUUCUGCCUGCGUGUCUUCUCUGAAAAAGCUGCCAAAUCCCUGGAAGUUGGAGAUGUGGCAAAAGCAAAUCCUUAUGAGCCUCAAGUAUCCGACAAAGAUGUGCCUGACGACUUCAAGAAUAUUUUCGAUAAACUGGCAGGGGGUAAAGGAGAAAUUAAUGCCAAGGAUAUUCAGGCAAUUCUCAACAAACUUCUGGCCAGAAGAACAGACUUAAAGUCCACUGGAUUUACAAUGGCAACGUGCAGAGAGAUGAUCUCCCUCAUGGAUAUGGAUGGCACUGGAACGCUGAGUCUGAUAGAAUUUAGAACCCUCUGGAUGAAGAUACAGAAAUAUGUGGAUAUCUUUAAUAAAGCAGACACUGACAGAUCAGGCACCAUGGAUGCCCAUGAAAUGAGGAUAGCAUUACACAAUGCAGGAUUUAAUCUUAACAACCAGAUCCAGCAGAGCAUCGCUCAGCGCUACGCUGCAAACGACCUGACUGUAAACUUUGAUGCAUUUAUUGCCUGCAUGAUACGUCUGGAGACUUUGUUCAGAAUGUUUAACCUUUUAGACAAGAAUAAAAGCGGAACCAUUGAUCUGACCUUACCCGAGUGGAUCUGCUCUACCGUGGUUUAGAAGACAUUGUGGAUGGGACAGAUGUGCCUUUUUGAUGAUUUAAAUAUUUUUGCUACUUUUUUUAAUGAUAAACCCUAAACUAGAAGUUUACUUUUUUGCCUGUUGGUUCAACGAAACAUUAAUUACUGUAACAGAGGUUAAAAUAGCUUGUAUGAUCGCAACAUGCUGUCCUUUGCUGACCACUUGGUUUGGUGCAAGUUUAUGCCAGUACUUAUAUGAUGAAGAAAUGCUAUCCUUGCUAAUAAACCUGUCAUGGGACCUGU